ACAUUAGAAGCUGUUGCAUAGAUGGAGGUUAUCGUUGAUACUUUUAGUACUUUCUAGUAUUUCCAUUUUUCUGUAUAUAUAUUGGACAGUUUGUUUAUUCGUUUUACAAAAUAUUAUGGUUCCAUAAGCAUAGACAAUUUUUUACUCAUAAACAUAUUAACUAUUUAUACGUGUUAGUAAAUAUUAUUAGCGCUUAUAUAUAAUUUUGCCUUUGCCUUACAUCAUUAUUUUUUAGCGGAUAUAUAUGAUACUUAUUCAAAAUAGAGAAAGUUCAUUAGGUUUAAACUAUUAUAGCAAUCUGUUUGGAAUAUAUAAUAUUCUAUGAGUGUUCUUCAAUCAAACUGUUAAAAUGGAAGAAGAGCAGUCCUUUCAACCAAUCUUGAGCUCUCAAGAGGAGGACACUUUUCAGCAGUUGAACACUGUGCCAAUCGUAUCCAUACCACUUUUGCUUGGAGUUUCAUUGGAAAUUGCUGGGAUUGUGUUUGUGUCUGUCUGGCCAGAAGAGCAAAACAAAUGUGACACAUAUUUUACGUACUUAUACUUACAUUGUGCCUAUUGGCUGAUAGUCAUGGUGACAGACCAUGUUGUUAAGGCGAGGCAUCAUAAAUUGCGUAUUGAUGGAUACUUAGAUUUCUAUCAAAUAACAUAUCGACUUGUAAGGACGCCCCUUUUUAUCACAUCAUUGUGGAACACAUGCUAUUUGCUAUUAGCUGUGAUUCUACAUCACACGCACAAAACCGACUAUGAGCGAUACUGCAGGGCGUCGGAGUGGUUCACGCCGCUUAAUUAUAUUUUUCUCCUAACUAAUUUGGAAAUUGUGAUAAUCGUGCCGGCUUACAUUAAUUAUAUCAAGAGAGUUAUGAGAUUCAAUCAGUUACGUCCAUUGCCCGAUGUUACUCGCGACGAAUGGCUGUCACCGUUUACACAAGAUUCCUAUGCCGGAAUGGGAGAAGUCGGUUAUCAUCAAAGGGAAACGAAUUUGGAAGAAUUACUGGAGAAACAGGCAGACUUCAUAAGAUAUUUGAGGGAUCACAAUGUAAAACUAAGUCACAGAAUAAUGCUAUUAGCAUCUCAACAUAGAGCAAUGGAACCGUAAGAUAAGAAAAGUUGUGAUUACAUAUCACUCUUAUGAAGCGAUAAAUGAACGUCAUAAUUAUUUAUAAUCAUGAUAUUAUAAUAUAUUGGUCGAUUGUAAAGCCUUGCCCAAAAAUUUAACUUUUUAACAUCGUGAUAUAUAACGUGUCUUUUGAUGAAAUUGUAUAGAUCGAUAUAGAUAUAAUGAAUGUAUCUUUCUCUCUUAUUAUUAUUUAUUAUUUAAAGUUUAAAAAAAAUCUAUAUAUCUGUUUAAGUUUGUUAAAAAAAAAUUCUACAUAUUUUGUGGAUCUAUUUUCAUCAAAUUAGUUACAAGUUAUUUUUGUUUUGCAUUAUAUAUUUGAAACAUAUCUUGAUCUGUUAUGUAGAGAAUGUGUUACUCUCUUUUAUAUUUUCAGGCAUAUAUAUUUUUUAAUGGGAUUGUAUAUAUCUCUAUUUAUAGAUGUAAUUGUAAAUAAUAGAUUCGAGAUAACAGUGAAAAAGAUGCUUCAUAUAACACAUAUAUAACGCGUUGUUCACACAUAUUAUUGUGUUGCAGUCUAUAAUAAUAUACUCAAUAUAUUCUUAAAAUAAUGUCACGUUUGCUAACAUAUCAGUGACAAAGUUUUACGCGUUCGAGAAAAAAUCGAAAAGAACAGUCGCUGUAAAAGAGAAUACAAAUAUAUCCAUUGUCAACUCAAUAAAAUAUAUAUAUUUUUUCCAGUAG